AUGGCACAUUCUAGCGAUAUUAAUAUACCAGAACUAUUAGAGCAGAUUCUAUAUUUCCUAGCGGUAGAAAAAUCCCUCUACCCCGCUCUAUUUGUUUCCCGAUUGUGGUACAGAUGUGGUGCCUCUUUUCUAUGGGAACGCAUUGAGCUAAAGGGGAAUGACCUGAAAUAUGGCCAUCAUUUCCCAGACGAUUAUACUUAUCAUAAGAGAGACUGUACUCGAUGUAAAAGAUUUAUAAAAUUAAUAAAUGAAAAACAUAAGCCAGCUUAUGUCUUGAAUACAACCCACCUAGAAAUUACUUUUUGCCAUUCACUUUCAGAUAAAAAAAUAAGAAGUAUUGUGGAAAUGUUCCCAAAUAUAGUUCAUUUAGAUUUCAAAGAUAGUAUAGGUUUUGGUGAUAAAUCAGCGGAAUCAUAUCCUAAUUUAAGAUAUCUCAAUUUGUGGGAUGCUCAAGCAAUAACCGAUAAAGGCUUAUGUGCAAUCAUAGGAUCAUGCCGUAAAUUAGAACAUCUAAAUAUUUCUUACUGCGAAAAUAUUAGCGAUAAAUCUUUGUUUGCGAUCACAGAAAAUUGCCGUGAUUUACAAGAGUUCCAUUUUGCCAAAGCGCGUUGGAUUACAGAUAAAUCUAUAAGUUGCAUCAUAAACUCAUGCCCAAAUUUACGAAAUCUUGAUAUUGCAUGUAGUAAGGGGGAUGUCAAAGAUGCUAGUAUGUUAAUACAGAGAUGUCUCAGCAUAGAGUAUCUUGACUUUAGUGGGGCUAUGGCUUUGUGGAAUGAUGAAUUGAUUAUAGCCAUCAUCAAAGGAUCUCCGAAUUUAAGACACUUAGAGAUCGAUGGUAAUGAUAUCACUGAUAAGGUUACUGAAGCACUGGCCCAUUCUUGUCAUAAAUUAGAAUAUCUCGAUCUGGGUUGCUGUGAUUUUGUUAGUGAACCAUCAAUUUGUAAUGUUAUACGUUCCUGUCUAAAGCUCCAACAUCUUAACCUUAGUCACUGUAAUAUUACCAGUACGACUAUCAAAGAAAUUGCUCGCUCAUGUCUCAGUUUAAAAAUUCUAGAUUUGGAAGGAUGUGAAAAUAUUAGCAAAAAAGCUAUGGACCAGCUAAAUCCAAAUAUUAAUAUCGAAAAUUUUGAUGAAGAUUACUGUUCCGAUUCGGAAUCUUCUAGCUCUGAAACCGAAUCAGAGUCUGAAUAA